AAAAUUUUUUAAAGUGUAUUUCGGAUACUCCACGCAAACAUCUGUUUUUGACAGUAUUGAAAUUGGCGCGGCGUUAAAUGCUUUUCAUGUCGUUAAUAAAUUUGUUGUUUUUAGUUAAUUUAUAAAUAAUACAAUUAUGACUACUACAAAUAAUGAGGAAAUGCUUGAUUGGAAGCGCUUGUGGCAAUUAGUUUCUGGCAUUAAUUAUGAGACUCCCGAGGACACCGUUCAGACUGAAUUACUUAGUGUAGCAAAAGAACUUGAAUGUGGGCUAUUGCAAUUUAAGGAUAUGAGUGCAUCUACAAUCGACAUUGAAAAGUUAUUACAGCAAAAAAAGCAAGAAAAAUUAUUAAUGUUCACACAGCGCUUGCAAGAGUUGUUAAACGUGGAGUCAAAACAAUGUUGGGAGAUAUUAUGCUAUUAUCUACAAAAUGAAUAUCGCGGUUCCGCUAGUUUACUGACUGUGCUUCUAUCAACUGAGACUAAUAUGAGUAAACUGCUAGAUAAUAUUUGGGGCUAUUACACACUACAACGUAUGAUUAUCUUAAAAAUAGUCAAAAAUCUCUUCAUAUAUUUUAAAGUACCUAGUCAUCCAUAUCAUCAUGAAUACGAAAAAGUGGUUGAACAUAUUUCAAUAGAAAAAUUGCAAAAGUCUUAUUUAAAACAAUUAGAAUUUUUAAUAAAUGAAAAGCCGCCAGGUAAGCUGGCGUCAAGAGAAUUUUUUAAUUUUAACGAAAAACUAAUUAAGUGGUCGGAACGGAAUGCACGAGAGAUAAAUGAAGUAUUACACAUAUUAUUACUGAUAAGCGAGCAGUUGCCGUUUACAUUAGAACAAAUCAAAAUAUUAUUUGAGUGCUUUAAGCAGCAUGCUUUUGGUAGGCAGCAGCAGUACUUCGUUAGCAAUAAUGGCUUGCAUCAAGAACUAAUACAACGUAUCACUUAUUCGGAACUCAUACUCUUUCUAAAAUGCGUCGAUUUUAAUGAUGUCGAGAAAUGUAAAGAUAUUGCUUGUGAAGUAAUAGAUGUAUUGGCAGAUGAUAUUGAGCGUAUGUACCACAGGCCAGAGAAUGGACCAAUGCUUUUGGCAUGGAUGUUGCUUAAUUUCCGUUUUAAAAAUGCAGCUGAAAAUUUGGAGUCUUCUCGUAAGUUUAGGUUAUUCGGUAAACGAGCUAUUGACCUAGAAUGCUUUAAAUAUUUGCGUAGUAUGCUAACUAAUGAAAUGCUUAGGAAUGAUAGUCUAGUGUCACAAAUUGCACGCAGAACAGUGCACAACCUGCUAAACUAUAUGUGCGACUUAUUUGACAACGAUGGCACAUGUGCUAGUUACCCUUUCAUAUAUGAAUUGCUGGCUGAAUUACUCUCUUGGCCCACGUUAGCGAAGCAAUUUUGUAGUUCCGAAACUGGCACACGUUCCUUGUAUAAUACAUUAUUGGAAAUAUUUCCAUAUAAUUUUAUGCACAUAUCAAUGUUGGCAACUGCGUUAGUAAAAGGUGGUCAGGGAGCAUAUGUUAAGUCUCAGCUGGAAGAGUUACCAAUUUUUACUGAUACGUAUGAGCACUACGGUACUGUUUUGCGUGCAGUCAGUGUAGAUGAUUAUGUGCUCACAAGAAACAUAAAUCCUUUUCCGCAUAUUGAUUAUACUAUUUAUGAAGGAACAACUGUUGUAGUUAUGUCCCGUGAAGAAGGCUAUUGUGUGCAUUUUCGAAAGAAUGUCAACUAUUUCAAUGUCUUGCAACAUGAGAUGAAUUGUUUGCUUUCAAGCACUACGCAGAUUAGUAAAGAUUUUAUAAAAGGUGAUCGGAUUUCACGUGUUAACGAAGGACUUAAAUAUUUGUGCGCUGAGUUGCAACGUACAAAAUCAAUAGCAGCUAUAAGUGCUGAAAUGGUUCACCCAACAGAAAUGUGUAUAGACUUGCUUAACAAAUAUAAAUAUCUACAAAAUCCACCAGUCGUGCUCUUGGCGAAUUGUCUUAAUGUGUGCACGGCAUUAUUGCGUCUGGUAGAUCAAGAAAUAUACUUACGUGUUAUUAAUUUGGAUAUUUUGCCUGUUAUUACAAAUACCACAUUGGAUGAUUUCAAAAAAUAUUCGAUUGGUGUACACUUUGACUCCAAACUUGUUGGUAGCUAUUUAGUAGAAAUUGAAAAGAAAACUGAGUGCUAUGAUUUUUUUUUGGCUUACUUAAACUUUUUAAGAACUUAUACGAAGCUUCAACGUCACAAUUAUUUUCAAGUAGAAAUUCCUGGUCUCAUAUUUUUAUUACUUGAAAUAUUUCCUAACCUGCACACAUGGCAUUUUCAGAUUCCAAUACAAAGAAAUAAAAUUUACGCAGAAAUUAUGGGUCUUAUUUGCGAUAUAUUGGAUUCGGUUGCGGUUAUCAACAAAACAGACCCAAACUGCGUUAAUAAGCAAAUGCUCCGUAACAUCUGCAUUUACAGUCUCUUAAAUCUCGAGAACGGUUUAGUAUUGCUGAGAUUUGUGGCUCUUGGAAAUGCAUAUUUGCAAUAUGUUAUGGAAAUGGAGUCAAAUUGGAUGGUGCAACAGUCUUCUGAUAUGGUUUUGCUAGUGCGUUUAGCUAUGCGUAUCUUAAUGCAAUUGCUGCGAUUAAAAAGUACUGUAUUCCCCGAUGACAAUAAACUUUCUCCACUAGAAACUCUCAUAUACACACAACCAAAACAACGUGAUUCUUUACGCAUCAUAUCUGUAGUUACCAGCUAUAUGAGCAACAUAUUUGAUCGGUGGUUGCCUAUACUCUCUUGCAGACUUCUAAGGCGUAUAGCUUUACAAUUCAAUAUGUCUCUACUUGCAUGCUUGGAUAUGGAACCAGAUCAAAUACGUUUGAUAUUUUUGCAAAAACUUCCGGAUGACUUGGAAAGUGAUUCAAUAAAGGUUGCUGUAAUUGAGCUGGUAGAAGCAUGUGUAGAGAAACAGCCAGGAGUCACAGAAGCUUUCUUCAAAGUCAACUAUGCGUUGGAGAAGCGCCUAUUUGAGAAAGAAACCGACAAACAGAUAGCCGACAGUAUACUAACAUUCAUUGAAGUUUAUUUGAAUAGCGUUGAAAAGGAUCCACAAAUAGUCGCACAAACUUUACCCAGCAAAAUUAUGAAUUUGUUCCAUACACUUUGGAAGCAGAAUAUGCAAAUACUUGUCGAGUCAUUAAUAGAAAAAUCUAAUUUUUGGGAGCAGCUAUGUAGGCCCCUAUUUAGUGAAUUAAAGCAGAAUGUGCGUGCUUAUGGACAACUAUUUAAUAUACUAGCAAUUGAAGUGUAUCGCACUACAUCUAAAGAAAAGACUGCAGUUAAAAAUUUACUAUUAAAAUUAUUUGACGGUGAAAAUUUCAAAAAACUACUGAACUUUAUAUUUGAUUUACCUAAAAUUCCAUCUGUAAUAUCGACUGAAAAUGAUUUAAUUUCUGAAGAUGUGCCAGAUUGGUUAGCGAGACUACAAGCAUUUAAAGGACUUUUACUUGUCAUACUGAAGAAACAACCGCAAAUUGUAGAGCUACCACAGAAACAAUAUAAAUUGUUAGCCGAAAAGUGUUUACACGUUUUAGUAGAUAGAUCUGCAUAUAUAGAUGAUCUCAGACCGUUUAUAAUAUUAUCGGAACUGUAUCUUUUCUUAUUAUUAAAUUGUAAGCAUUCUUACACGGAAACUCCAAAAGAGGAUGAAGUAAUGUUGAAGCAAUUGAAUAAAUUACUCAUACGUGUAGCAAGUUGCUAUGAAGGUUUACAUGUACGUGCUCGUGAAGCUUGUCUCGCAAUAACGAUAAGAAGUGCCAAUUUGCUUACUAAUGAGCUCAUCGCUGAUUCAAGCAUAGCUCUUAAUUUUCUUCACUCUGUGGUGAGCAUUAUAUGUACAGAGUUGCAGAGCUUGGAGAAUUGUGUUAAAGCCGAAGUGCAAACAAAGCUUUCUGCGCCAACCUGUCAAAACUCUUCCACGAGUUCAGUUAUUUUAAGCUUGAAUUUACUAAAGACUGUAGCGAUAAUAUUUCAUAACAAUGGUCCAAGAAAUUGGGAUAUGCCUUUUAUAUCCAGUAAAGUUUUUCAACGUUUGUUAAGUUGCACGAGUUAUAUCCUGCAAAUGCAUAGUAAGCAGCAGCUUUCCGUUGAACUCUUAGAUGUGCUGUUAGUUUUUGCUAAAGGCAAUUGUUCAGGUGAAUUCUUACAUUGCGAUGUGGGGGAUUAUCUUUGGAUAAAGCUAUUACCACCGAAGGAAUUACUGACGUCAGAUUUUACAACUGUCACAAAUUCAUCAGAUAAGUGGACUGCACAGAAAUGGUGGCCUAUAUAUGCACGUGGCAUUGAGUUGGUUACAAUACUUUUUAAAAAUCAUAAUCUUCAUUUUCUGAAAGAUGUUCUACAAUUCGUUGGCAUACAUGAGGAAUACUUAAUAGACUCAUUAAUUUUGGGAAAACAGUCUUUAGAGCCAUUAGCAGUAAACCUAAUCAAAAGUGCUGUUACCCUUAUUAUGGAACUGGUGCCAUAUGAAAAGCAAUGGCGGUUGGAGCAUGCGAAAUCGCUUUUUAAUUUAAUGCGUUCUUUACAAAUACUCAUGGGACACUGCAUUUCCAUGUUUCAUCAGCCUAAAAAUCUAAAAUGUCUGCUCACUGGAGAUCAUUUGGGUAUAUUGCGCGAGAAUGAUAAUGCGGAAUUAGCAGAUGACAUUACCACAACCCUAAAUGAUUUGACAGAAAUUAUUAUUCUCUGUGUCAAAUGCUUGAAGCACUUCAGUCCCACAAUGAUUGAUUUGAUAUGUGAACCAGAAUUUGUGUUAAGUAAAUGGGAGCCCAUAUUCGAAAUAAACUUUGGUGCACCAAAGCUUAAUGAAAAUGAUGUCUCCCUUUCAUUUGGAACGGCGCUUAGUAUAGUAGGAGUUUAUGUAAAAGCACUUAAUCUGCAAAAUUAUACUUUUCACGAGGUACCAUUGAAUGUCAUACCCAAUCAUGCUGAUACUACGAAUGCAGCAGAAACACAAACUAUUAGUCGACAGAAUAAUACCCGAAGACUUAUUUCGAAAUCUUUGUCAACUACUUCCGUAUCAUCUUCCAAUUGUCCGUCUAAUGAGAUGUUGUCAAAUUUAGAUGGUGAACUAUGUCUCAUGGCAUUAGAACAUAUACUCACAUUAGCUGCUUCACAGUGCAUGUUGACACUUAAGAAUGUACAUAUGCCGCCAAGGGAAAAGCAGCUUGUCCGACGCGAAACAAAUACUGAAAUAUUCGCAUUCUACGAAUUUGUGCGGAAAAAAGUGAUAGUCGAUCAGCGAGAACAUAAAAGCAUUUGGUACCGUCGCAAACACGGACAAGUGCUUAUGCAGACUAUAGAUGAUGAACAGGAAAAGGAGAAAAGCAAUAUGGAUAUCGAUGCUGCAGCUAAACCUGCACUUAGUUCCACGCGAAUAUCAACAGAUGCGAAUAGGAGACAUUCUUCCGAUUUACGAGUUAAUGUUGUGCGUCGUUUACAUUUACAACAACAACAACUUCAACGUACACCGGCACUCGGUGGAAAUUUAAAUAUUUCCCAUCCAAUAAGUCCAAUCCUCGGAGUAAAUUCAGAAUCCAAAAAUAAUACACCCGAAUCAUCUACACCAUGCGUUAGUCGAUCACCACUGCGACGACAAGGUGAACCCAUGACACACGAGGAUAACGUUAAACGUUUUAGUGUGACUUAUGAUGUAAAUGAUCAGGAGCAUGAAGAAGACGAAAUAGUAUAUUUCUCGCCUGAGGAACCCAAGUACAGUCCUUUAUCGUAUGUACAAUUAGUAGAAGAAGAUUACAUGCACUUCUUAUCGAAUAUUUUCACGGUUAUAUGUCAAGUCGAUUAGGUUGUCAAGCGCAAAUUUUUUGCAAAUAAAAUUUAUUUUUGCUGGCAAGCGCGCAUUUUUAUAAAUUAAUUUAAAAUAGAAUAGCAUAGUUUCAUAUUCUUUGCUGUUAUUUUCUGCUGUAAAACUGUUGCAUACCGCAACGUCACUGUUAACGGCGCUGCUAUUUUCAAAACGUGCAAAAAAUCGUAUUUUGAAGUCUUGUUGCCAUACAGAAAGCAUUAGAUGUUAAAAUUAUUCAGUAUGUGCGAAAAUAACAGAGUUUUUUUUUUUUUAUUCAAAGCUAAUAGCAACACGUUUUUUUAUGUGUCCGUUGACGAGCCUCUAACUUUAAGAAACAACAGAGCUUUUAAGCGAAAAUGUGUUGAUAAGCGAUAGCACAUGUUACCAACACAAACAAAAAGCAUGUGCUUGGUCUACAUAUACCGAACACGUUAAAGCGUGAAAUGAGAGUAGAAAGGCCGGUAGUGGAAUAUGUUGUGCGGCACUGCUUAUCUCUCUUUAUCUCUCCACUCUGUACGCUCUGUAAGAAAAUUAGCAUUUUUUACGGCAUGUUUUUUUUAUAAUUUUCUGCUAAUUUUUUUUUAUUUAUUUUUUUUUACUGUAAAGAAGACU